AGCUGCAAGAGGGAUGAGCACUCCCGGGAGUCUCCAGCACCAGCCGAAGCACAGAUGCAAGCCCGGGUGGAAGGUGGUGCAAGGGUGAAUCGCUGUUGCUGGAAAUGCUCCGUGACGCAACUCAAGAAGAUUUUUUGGGGUGUGGCUGUGGUCCUGGGUGUCUGUUCCUCCUGGUCGGGGUCAACCCAGCUAGCAAAACUGACCUUUAAGAAAUUUGAUGCACCCUUCACUCUAACAUGGUUUGCAACAAACUGGAACUUUUUAUUCUUUCCUUUGUAUUAUCUUGGACAUGUUUUUAAGUCAGCUGAAAAGCAGUCUCCAAAGCAAAGAUACAGGGAGUGCUGCCGAUUUUUUGGAGAAAAUGGCUUGACUUUGAAGGUGUUUUUUACCAAGGCAGCACCCUUUGGUGUUCUUUGGACACUCACGAACUACCUUUACUUACAUGCAAUAAAGAAAAUAAACACUACGGAUGUCUCCGUGUUGUUCUGCUGCAACAAAGCUUUUGUGUUCUUGCUUUCAUGGAUUGUUCUGAGGGACAGGUUCAUGGGAGUGAGGAUCGUGGCUGCUAUAUUUGCUAUUGCAGGGAUAGUUAUGAUGACGUAUGCUGAUGGGUUUCACAGCCACUCCGUGAUUGGGAUAGCCCUGGUGGUGGGCUCUGCCUCAAUGUCUGCUCUCUACAAGGUUUUAUUCAAGCUUCUUUUGGGCAGUGCUAAAUUUGGAGAAGCUGCCUUAUUCCUGUCCAUGUUAGCUGUCUUCAAUGUCCUCUUCGUUACCUGUAUUCCUGUCAUCCUUUAUUUUACCAAAGUGGAGUACUGGAGCUCUUUCGACAUCGUUCCUUGGGGAAACCUUUGUGGAUUUUCAAUUCUUUUAUUGACAUUCAAUAUUCUACUAAAUUUUGGGAUUGCUAUUACAUACCCCACCUUGAUUUCUCUUGGAAUUGUACUGAGUGUCCCAGUGAAUGCAGUUGUUGAUCACUACACGAGUGAAAUUGUCUUCAACAGCGUCCGGGUAAUCGCCAUCAUCAUUAUUGGCCUGGGCUUCCUCCUGUUGCUUUUGCCAGAGGAAUGGGAUGUCUGGGUAAUAAAGCUCCUCACGCGUCUCAAAGUCCGGAAGAAGGAAGAAAUCCCCGAAGGGAAUGGGGAUAUCGCUUCAGGACUGCCUAACAAAAGCCGGAGAACUCGCCCCUCCAUGUCAUCCUUUGCUCAUUAAAUGCUCUUUU